AUGGUCCAAGUCACCGCCUCGUUCUUCUCUCUCCUCGCUCUGGUCGUCGUCACCAGCGCCGAACCUGUGGCUCCCCGACAAGAAGUCAGUUGCCUCGAUAACCUUGACAGUGACUCCAACGCGAACCUCGCUGAUGCCACAGACUGCGUAAACGAGCUCGCCGCCCUGGGUGACCAAGUUUGCGAGGCCAGUGUCUCGGGAACGGCCUUCUGCAACCGGGCCGGCGUGCAGAUUACGGGGAUCAGUAUCGCGGGUGGGAAUACGCCCAGGGGGACUUCUUCGACGUGUAAUGACGUUGCGCGCGGCGCCGGGCGGGUUUUGGACCUGUGCUCUAGGGGCGACGGGACGGUCAAGGGACAGACACCUGCCUUUGGGAACGGGGACUUGAUCGUUGAUGUCCGUAGGGUUUAA